UGUCCAGCAGCCAGCGACUUCCGUAUACAUGAGAUAACAAGCAGACUGGAGCUUGCAACCGAAAAGUGAACAUACCUAUACCUAUUACAAGCGGGAAAUACAGCUAGGCGAGAUACAAUAAAGUUGUUUAACCCACAAAAUAGCGUCCAAGGCAAGAACUGGAGGUGGAAAGCCAUCGCACUGCAAUGGCAGAUCUCAGCGUUUCUCUAUUCUUGCUGGCGCUUUUUGUGCUUCUGAGCGAGGUGACCAGGAGGACGGCCACGAAACUCUUCGCCAAGUCGGAUUUUUGCAUUUAUCUUGUGGAAAUCAUCUCUACUUUUCAGCUGUGUGCCUGCACCCACGAACUGAAACUCCUGGGCGAGGUGGGCCGAAUCGAGCCGCAGAUUGGACUGACUCUCACGUACCUCAUCUCGGUGGUCCACGCAGUGACAUUCCACGGAGCGAUUGGUAACCCCUCUGGUGCACUCGAACACGUUUAUCGUAAAAGCCUCACCGGCAAGAGUGCCCUUGUAAGGAUAGCAUGUCAGUUUCUCGGCGCGGUGGUGGCACGCUCGGUCAUACCCUACGUAUGGGCUCUGGGACUCUCCGAUCUGCACCUUAGGCACAAACUGUUCGGAUUUAAAUGCAUCAGUCCAAUUAACGCCACGCUACCGAAAGCCGCUGCAGUGGAGCUAGCUUGUGCGUUUGCCGUGCAAACCACAGUCACACACAUGCAGAGUUUGGACGAGAAAUAUCGGGCCCAUGCCGUGGCAGCUGUCAUCACAGCCUUGGUCUAUGCAGGGGGUAGCGUUACCGGAGCGGUGUUCAACCCGGCUCUGGCCUACUCCACUCAGUUUCCCUGCAGCGGCCACACAUUCGCCGAGUAUUCUUUUGUCUACUGGCUGGGACCGGUUCUGGGCGUGACCAUCUCAUUAUUGCUCUUCGACAAAGUUAUACCAAUAUUGUCUGGGAAAAGCUUUUACCAAAAGGACCUGGAAUUUCCUUUCUUUGAGGCUAAAAAGACUCUGUAAACAGCUAGAAUUUAGCAGCCCUGAUACUUGGCCAGUAAUACAGGAGUAGUCUUGCCAUGAUACUUAACAACACUACAUAUGCCUCUUUCAGUGGUAGUAUUCGUAAUAUCACACAAACCUCGCUGUAGUUUAUUCACCUUGCCAAGAGUGGUGUAGAUGUGGUACUGCGGCAGGGUAAUGGAGUAUUUUGUCAAACAGGGUCCUACAUGAUAUUUUGAACCAAUGUCUUACUAGCUACAGUAUCCUGUAUGAAACAUGAAGUUAGCAUGGGUUCCAUGAUACACAGAAAUGUAGGCCAUUGAAAGACAGAGAGGCAGAUGUGGCAUGUAGGAAGCAGGGUGCAUUUCCUCUCACAUUGUAGUUGGGUAGCUGCUUUUACAAAAAAAUGUUCCUCUGUGGCAAAUAUGCAAACAACCUCUCAUAGUAUAACACAGUACACUUUAGCUUACAUAGAGUAUUCUCUACUCAUGUGCUUCAGCAGAAUCUUGGGAAGUUAAAACAAAAGAUAGAAAAUAACCAGCUAACAUCUAGUAAAGUUAUAAAAAGGGAAGCAACUCUACAACAUAUAACAAUAUCCAAGAAAAAUGGUAAACUAAAAAAAGGUGAGUUUGGAUUUAAAUGCACACAGAUUUAACAUUACCUCUUUCUGACUGAAAGGUAUGAGAUGGGAAGAAAAAAUGACAUUUCACAAGGUGCAAUGAAGGACUUAAACAGUCAUUUAAUUACCUCAUGGGAAGCCAAGGAGUUGUGUUGUAUUAAUUACUACUCUCCGGCUGCUUUGAGAUUGCUCUGGAAAAGUAGCAUGGAAUAACAUUGCAGCGCGAUAAAACUGAACUGGAAAUCAAGAAAGUAUACCUCAGCUUCAUGAUAAUAUUAGUAUAGGUAGCUUAAAAUAAAUGUGUGUUCCAUAUGUGUAUCAUACUAAUGGCUGAAAACAAAAAGCUGACUGUGAUGAUAGACAUGUUGGUUAUUUUUUGUGGGCACACAGAUUAUCACAAAUGCACAAUUUUGGGAUGAAUACCAAAUAGUAAUCAAUGUUGAUGCACAACUGUUGAGCCAGACCUGCGGUUUGAAAUUUGUGUCUGUUCUCAUUUUUUUCAUCGUUCAAGAAAUGCACAUACUGAGAAGUCACAGGUUUUGUAUUUUAAGUCAUUAAUCAUUUGUAUGUAAAGUUUUACUUUGCUUUUAGAAAUUUCCCUUACAUGUAUGUAAUUAUGUCCUUAUCUUACCAGCUUUUAACUGUCUAACAUUCCAAAAAACAUCUCGAAUCGGCAAUGUACAUGCCUAUGGUGAAGAAAGUGGCCUAAAAGACAGGUUUGGUAUGAAUGAUGAAAAUGAUGAUGAAAAUGAAAUAAGAAGUAACAGGUGCCUUGAAUGAAGGGACUCAUGAAGCAACUGGCCUGGCUUGACUGGAGAGUGCUGAAGGGUCGGUGUCUUUCAAGCCAAAAUGUGUUUUUUUUUUUUUUUUUUACACACCAGUCAUGUGUGUUACUGUGUCUUAAUGUGAUCUUUGCCAUCUUCAGCUGUAUUUUUAUGGUGAGUCAGGUACUCCUGGUAAUAAACAGCCAAAUAACUCCGAACUGAAAGAUCAUUCAAUAAAUUGAUCAAGUACCGCAGGGUAAGGCACCCAUUUAAGUAUAAUGGAUGCAAAGCCUCCAGGGAAAUGGAAUGAUGAACAUAUAAUAACAUGUAAUAAUAAUAACAUAAAUAUAAUAACACAUAAUAACAUAAAUAUCAGAAGUAGAGAUAAAGUGUGCUGCAGGGUGUUGAAGUACUGGAUGCAGCUUUAGUUCUUAGCCAUUCAAAUGUUGAUCACAUGCAACUAAGGAAACCCAGAUUGUGUAUAAGUAAUGUAAAUGUGUGUAACAGCAGGUGGCUGACAAAACCCAUGCGUACAAGCACAAUACUGUACUGGGAAUCCUGUUUCCAAAAUAUUAAUAAAAAUGGCCAAACAUAGGUCAGUGCACAAAUAUACUUUCACAAAUGCAAUGCAUAGGAGCAAAACAAUGGAUAAUGCUGUUUUUUUUUAAUCAUUUCAGUUUUUUGAGAGUUGUUGAUAAUCUCAUUAACAUAUGCUAUUUCCCCACCGAGAGCACAAGUCCUUUACUGGAGAUGCAGUGAGUCAGCUGUUUUUUCUUUCAGUGAAAAGGCAUACUGAUGUGUGCUCAACCAUCUUGCUUAGUUUAGUACAUACAUUUAUUAAUGUUGAUAUUGGAAGAAACCAGAAUAAUGAGAAACAUGCAUAAGGAGAAGAAUUUAGGGUUCAACUGAAACUGACAAAUUUCAGCUGAGUGACAGUGCUAAAGUCCCCAUUAUUCCAAUAUUGAUUCCUUCCCCACUUACUCCUGUGGAACCGAAAAAUCACUACUAUUGAGGGAGAAGAGAAUGUGAGCAAACACAGGAGGGGGGUGACAGUCAGAUACUGUUUAUCACUAGGGAGGUUACACACUCUGCACAUGCAUCUCUCUCUUAUGGCUGAUAAAGGAUUUCUGUUUUCGCUGAGACACUAAACCCAUGGUUUGCGAACAAUGGCAUGCAGGCAGCCAAGGCAGAGUUCAGAGUGGUUGUCUGUGCUGGAAAGGACUGGGUCUGCUUUAACAUGUGUAUGUCAGUGUAUUUUUGGAUUUUCACAGCUGGCUACGAAGGCUCUGAGCCUCUGAAUCUCGAUAGUCAUGUGAAGCUGUACAGCCAUGACAUGCCAAGACUUAAACAAUUCCACCCACUCCAACCCCCCAUCUAUUUGUAUGACCCUGUAAAGAGCUGAUCUUG